AUGUUCGUACCAAACACCACAAGCCGGCCGCCGGCCGACAUGGCCAUCCCGUACAAUGAGCAGCUCAUCUUUACUAUCGCGACCCAGAUCCCAUUUGUCAUCUUUUUUGGCAUGGGUCUCCGGAGUCUCGCGAGCAAAGGUGACCCGUUGCCCUUGCUGUUUGGUAUUGGCGGCUGCUUUGCUUCCUCAUUCGAGCCGUUCGUCGACGUCCUCGGCUUCUGCUUCUUUCCUCGAGAAGGCAAUUGGGUCGCUUUCGAAUGGCUCGGGCGGCCCAUCCCCGUCUUUGUGCCCGCGACCUACGGCUGGUUCGUAGGUGGCAUGGGCUAUUGGGCUUACACUGUGAUCCGCGACCCAAAAACGACGCGCAAAGACAUCUGGAAGCUCUGGGGAAAGGCCUUCAUCAUCAAUCUUGUCCUUGAGUAUCCACCCCUCUACUACGGCAUCUACACGUACUACGGCUAUCAACCCCUGGAAGUCGGCGGCUUCCCACUCUGGUUCCCAGCCACCAAUGCUAUAACGCCCAUGGUCAGCGGCGCCAUCAUCAGCCUGAUCGAGCCUUACUGCAAGGGCUGGAGGCUGUUGGCAAUCGUCACUACCACUGCCUCAGCUUAUGGGCUUGCCAAUGCAGCAUGCGGGUUCCCGGUCUGGAUUGCUCUGAGUACCGACCUGGGCUAUGCGGUGACAUACCCCGCGGCUGCUGUCACCUUCCUUCUGCUCAGCAAUGCCGUCUGGAUAAUCUCGCUUAUUGUACCCGAACAACGCGGUAUAAAGCUGAAUGGAAACGAAAAACGAAGGGUAAAGAAGUGA